UCUUUCCCUAAAUCUCUGAAUGUAGUUUUAUGUUCUGUGAUUAUUUUCCUUGCACACUUACCUCUCCCCUCCCCUCUUUGCCGUCCCCUGUGUUGCCAUUUGGCAUUUUGUCACAGUUCCCUCCAAUCAUUGUGCAGAGGAGGGGGCACGAGGAUAUCUCAGGCUGCAUCUUUCUGAGUGUGUCUGUUCAGGCAGAGGGGAGCGGAGCACUCUGUGUAUGUGUGCCUCUGUCUCUCUCUCUCUUCCCCCAUAUCCACACAGACUGAUUUCACCCAGGAACAAGGACAACCGCAAACCUUAGUGGGGGGGGCACGAUGGCUGAAGGAGGUGAGGGUGAGGAGGAGAUCCAGUUUCUCAGGACGGAAGAUGUGGUGGUCCUGCAAUGCAGUGCUACUAUCCGGAAGGAACAAAUCAAGAUGUGCAUGGGGGCAGAGGGCUUUGGGAACCGCCUCUGUUUCUUGGAAUCUACAUCCAAUGCCCAGAAUGUGCCUCCAGACCUUGCUAUCUGCUGCUUUAUUUUGGAGCAGUCUCUUUCUGUGCGAGCAUUGCAGGAGAUGUUGGCAAACACUGUGGAGAUGGGCAAUGAGGCACCCAAUUUGGAUAAAUGGUCAUCUCAAGGUGGAGGACAUCGAACACUGCUCUAUGGCCAUGCUAUUCUCCUGCGCCAUUGUCACAGUGACAUGUAUCUGUGCUGUCUCACUACAUCUCGAUCUUUGACAGAUAAAUUGGCAUUUGAUGUUGGAUUACAAGAAGAUUCUACUGGAGAGGCAUGUUGGUGGACUAUUCAUCCAGCAUCAAAGCAGCGCUCUGAAGGAGAGAAGGUUCGGGUUGGAGAUGACCUGAUCCUUGUCAGUGUUUCUUCAGAGAGAUAUUUGCACCUUUCCACAGCAAGCGGUGAACUUCAGGUGGAUGCUUCCUUCAUGCAGACCUUGUGGAAUAUGAACCCAAUUACAUCUGGUUGUGAGCUAGCAGAAGGUUAUGUGACUGGUGGACAUGUCCUGCGUUUGUUUCAUGGACAUAUGGAUGAAUGCCUGACAAUUGCAUCAACUGACCAAGGAGAGGAACAGCGCAGGAUUCCACAUUAUGAAGGAGGAGCUGUUUGUUCCCAUGCACGUUCUUUAUGGCGCCUUGAACCUCUAAGGAUAAGCUGGAGUGGAAGUCACAUGAAAUGGGGGCAGUCCUUCCGUGUGCGCCAUGUUACCACAGGAAGAUACUUGGCGCGGGAUGAUGAGAAGGGAUUGGUGGUGUUAGAUGCAGAAAGGGCCAAUACAAAAGCCACUGCCUUCUGCUUCAGGGCAUCUAAGGAAAAGUUGGAUGUUGCCCCUAAGAGAGAUGUAGAAGGGAUGGGAAUUGCUGAGAUCAAGUAUGGCGAGUCUAUGUGUUUUGUUCAACAUGUUAGCAGCGGCCUUUGGCUGACCUAUGGUGCAUUAGAUGCCAAAGUUGUCCGUCUGGGGCCUCUAAAGCGAAAGGCCAUUUUGCACCAGGAGGGACAUAUGGAUGAUGCUCUGUGCCUUUCACGCUCCCAGAGAGAAGAGUCUCAGGCAUCAAGAAUGAUAUAUAGUACAUCUGGGCUUUUCAACCUUUUCAUCAAAGGACUCGACAGUCUCAGUGGAAAAAAUAAACCUUCAAAACCUGUCACAUUGCCUAUUGACAUGGUAAUCCUGACACUACAAGACUUGAUUGGCUACUUUCAGCAUCCAGAGGAUGAACUUCAACAUGAGGAAAAACAGACCAAACUUCGAUCCUUAAAAAAUCGUCAGAAUCUUUUUCAAGAGGAGGGUAUUAUUUCUUUGGUCUUGGACUGCAUAGACCGGCUAAAUGUUUACAGUACAGCUGCACAUUUUUCAGAAUUUGCUGGAGAGGAGGCUGCAGAAUCCUGGAAGGAGAUUGUCAACUUGCUCUAUGAGCUUCUAGCUGCACUUAUAAGGGGGAACCGCUCCAACUGUGCUCUUUUCUCAAGUAACCUGGAUUGGGUGGUCAGUAAACUUGACAGACUGGAAGCCUCCUCAGGGAUUUUGGAGGUGUUGUAUUGUGUAUUGAUUGAAAGUCCUGAAGUUUUGAACAUUAUUAAAGAAAAUCAUAUUAAGUCUAUAAUUUCACUACUGGAUAAACAUGGGAGAAACCACAAGGUGCUAGAUGUUCUAUGUUCUCUGUGUGUGUGCAAUGGUGUUGCUGUCAGAUCAAAUCAGAACUUAAUCACAGAGAACCUUCUUCCCCGUAGAGACCUUCUUCUUCAGACCAGGCUUGUAAACUAUGUCACAAGUAUGAGACCCAAUGUAUUUCUUGGAACCUGUGAAGGGUCCACACAAUACAAAAAGUGGUACUAUGAGAUGGUUGUGGACCAUGUGGAACCAUUUGUUACUGCAGAGGCUACUCACCUAAGAGUUGGUUGGGCAAUGACUGAAGGUUAUAGCCCUUACCCUGGAGCCGGAGAAGGCUGGGGAGCCAAUGGAGUAGGUGAUGACUUGUACUCAUUUGGGUUUGAUGGACUACAUCUCUGGUCAGGUAGAGUCUGCCGACCUGUGACAUCUCACAACCAACACUUGCUGGCAGCUGAUGAUGUAGUUAGUUGUUGCCUGGAUCUAACAGUUCCCAGUAUUUCUUUUCGUUUUAAUGGUCAUCCUGUGCAAGGAAUGUUUGAAAACUUCAACUUAGAUGGCCUCUUCUUCCCUGUGGUCAGCUUUUCAGCUGGCAUUAACAUUCGUUUUCUUUUGGGUGGCCGGCAUGGUGAUUUCAAGUUUUUGCCCCCUCCUGGUUAUGCUCCUGUGUAUGAAGCUCUGCUGCCCAGGGACAGGAUGCGCAUUGAACCUAUCAAAGAAUACAAACAUGAUUUUGAGAACAUCCGGAACCUUUUGGGACCCACCAAGUCCCUCUCCCAUACUUCUUUUGUGCCAUGCCCUGUGGACACUGUGCAGAUUGUCCUUCCUCCUCAUCUUGAGCGUAUUCGUGAAAAGUUAGCAGAAAACAUCCACGAAUUGUGGGCUCUUACCAGAAUAGAACAGGGAUGGACUUAUGGGACUGUCAGGGAUGAUAACAAGAGAUUGCACCCAUGUCUCCUAGAUUUCCACAACCUUCCAGAACCUGAGCGAAAUUACAACCUUCAGAUGUCUGGGGAAACCCUCAAAACUCUUCUUGCCCUUGGUUGCCAUGUGGGAAUGGCAGAUGAAAAAGCAGAAGAAAACUUGAAGAAGAUUAAACUUCCUAAAACGUACGUAAUGUCAAAUGGAUACAAGCCAGCUCCUUUGGACCUUUCCCAUGUCAAGUUAACUCCUGCCCAGAACACACUUGUAGACAAACUUGCUGAAAAUGGCCACAAUGUAUGGGCACGGGACAGAGUCCUGCAGGGUUGGACCUAUAGCAUCAUCCAGGAUAUCAAGAAUAAGAGAAAUCCACGCCUUGUACCAUACAGCCUGCUUGAUGAAAAAACAAAGAAAACCAACCGUGACAGCUUGUGUGAGGCUGUGCGCACACUUAUAGGAUAUGGAUACAACAUCGAGCCCCCAGACCAGGAGAGCACUGCCCAGGGCAUAAUAAAGGCUCGUGCAGAAAGAAUGCGCAUCUUCAGGGCAGAAAAAUCAUAUGCAGUGAAAUCUGGAAAGUGGUACUUUGAAUUUGAAGCAGUCACCACUGGAGAAAUGAGAGUAGGGUGGGUUCGGCCUGAAGUUCGUCCAGAUGUGGAGCUGGGAGCAGAUGAGCUGGCUUAUGUAUUUAAUGGCUGCAGGGGACAGAGAUGGCACAUUGGCAGUGAGCCUUUUGGCCGGAACUGGCUGCCAGGAGAUGUUGUUGGAUGUAUGAUCGACCUGACAGAGAUGAAUAUUAUGUUUACGUUGAAUGGAGAAAUGCUAAUAAGUGAUUCAGGGUCUGAACUGGCCUUCAAAGAUAUAGAGAUUGGAGAUGGAUUUAUUCCAGUUUGCAGUCUUGGAAUGUCCCAAGUUGGUCGCCUGAACCUUGGUCAAGAUGUUAGCAGCCUUCGAUAUUUUACUAUCUGCGGCUUACAGGAGGGAUUUGAACCAUUCGCCAUCAACAUGAAGAGGGAUAUAACUACCUGGUUUAGCAAGAGCCUUCCUCAGUUUGUGAAUGUGCCCACUGACCAUGCACACAUUGAGGUUGGAAGAAUCGACGGAACAGUUGACAACCCUCCAUGUCUUAAAGUAACACACAAAACUUUUGGAUCUCAAAACAGCAACAACGACAUGCAGUUUUUCAGGCUUAGUAUGCCUGUUGAAUUUCAUGAGACCUUCAAGUGCACACCUGGUGCAACUCCUCUCACAAGAACCCUUACCAUUCCUGAAGAUGAUGUUCAAGAAGUGGACAUGGACUCAGAAUUUGAAAUGUUAAAGAAGGCUGUAAGUCGUAAAGAGGCAGAGGCUACUAAUGAAAAAGAGACUGCAAAGGAGCCACCCAAAGAACAGAUAAAGCCAGAGAAUGAAAAAGACACAGCAUCUGAGAAGGUCAAAACAAAGAGAGGGUUCCUUUUUAAAGCUAGGAAACCAGCCUUCAUCUCUCCUCCACCAGUGGUCCCAACCAUGCCUCGUCUUAUGAAAGACGUAGUGCCAGAUGACCGAGAUGAUCCUGAGAUUAUUAUGAACACAACCACGUAUUAUUAUUCAGUAAGGAUAUUUGCCGGACAAGAGCCCACUGGUGUUUGGAUUGGUUGGGUAACCCCCGACUACCACCUUUAUGAUAUGAAUUUUGAUCUGAGCAAAGUCCGUGUUGCCACCAUCACCAUGGGAGAUGAUAAAGGAAAUAUAUUUAAUAGCAUAAAACGAAGUAACUGCUACAUGGUUUGGGGUGGGGAAUUUGGCAACAAUACCCAGCAGGCACGUGUCAGAAAGGAGGACCUUGUGAUUGGCUGCUUGAUUGACUUGGCAACUGGUCUUAUGACCUUUACUGCUAAUGGAAAAGAGGUUAACACCUUCUUCCAGGUGGAACCCAACACAAAGCUGUUCCCAGCUGUUUUUGCCUCACCACAAAGUCAAAAUAUGUUCCAGUUUGAGCUAGGAAAAUUAAAGAACAUCAUGCCCAUAUCUGCAGCCAUGUUCCGCAGUGAGAACAAGAAUCCUGUACCCCAGUGUCCACCUCGACUGGAAGUUCAGAUGCUCACCCCUGUAGUGUGGAGUAGAAUGCCCAAUGACUUCUUGAAUGUGGAGUCAGAAAGAAUCAGUGAGAGACAAGGGUGGAUGGUAGAGUGCUCCGAGCCUCUAAUGAUGAUGGCUUUACAUAUCCCAGAAGAGAGCAGGUGUAUUGAUGUCCUUGAGUUGUCAGAACGUCUGAACAUGCUGAAGUUUCAUUACCAUACUCUCAAGCUGUACUGUUCAGUCUGUGCUCUUGGUAACAAUCGAGUUGCUCAUGCUCUGUGCAGCCAUGUGGAUGAAUCCCAAUUACUGUAUACCAUUGAAAGCAACCACCUUUCCGGACUUCUCCGUAGUGGCUACUAUGACUUACUGAUUAGUAUACACUUAGAAUCUGAAAAGAGAGCUCGUCUAACUAUGAACAAUGAGUUUAUUGUGCCGAUGACAGAGGAGACAAAAAGUAUUACACUAUUUCCCAAUGAUAACAAGAAGCAUGGGCUACCAGGUGUAGGAAUGAGUACCUGUCUGAAGCCGGACCUUCAUUUCUCACAUACUUGCUUUGUCAGUACCAGUACAGAACUCUACCAGCUUAGCCCUUUCAUCCCACUGGAUGUCUUAAAGAUCAAGGCUAUCAACAUGUUGACAGAAGCUGUAUUAGAUGGCGGGCAACACACUAGGGAUCCUGUAGGAGGAAGUGUGGAAUUCCAGUUUGUACCAGUACUCAAGCUCAUUUCAACUCUUCUGAUAAUGGGAGUUUUUGAAGACGAUGAUGUUCGGCAUAUAUUAAAGAUGAUAGAGCCAAAUGUUUUUACAGAGGAAGAAGAAGAAGCAGAACAAGAGCAAGCAGAGGAGGGGGAAGAGGAAAAAGAAGAAGCUGAAGAAGAGGUAGCAGAGAAAGGUGAAGAUGAGCCUGAAUCUGGGGAAGAGGCAGAAGGACAGGAGAAGGCAAAAGAAGAUGAAGAGAAAGCAUUGGAGGCUGGAGAGGAGGAAACUAAAGAGGAAGAAGAAGGGUUGGAAGAAGGUUUGCUGCAGAUGAAAUUGCCCGAAUCUGUUAAGUUGCAGAUGUGCAAUUUACUUCAGUAUUUCUGUGACCGGGAACUGCAGCACCGUGUUGAAGCCAUCAUUGCAUUCUCAGAACGCCACAUGGAAAGUCUGCAGACCAAUCAAAGACAGCGUUACAAGGAGUUAAUGCAAGCUUUUACUAUGACUGCAGCUGAAACUGCUCGGCGUACUCGUGAAUUCCGCUCUCCUCCUCAGGAACAGAUAAACAUGUUGCUGAACUUCAGAAAUCUAUCAGAAGAUGACUGUCCCAUUCCAGAAGACAUUCGGGAUGAGUUAUCAGAGUUUCACACAGACCUCUUGUCUCACUGUGGAGUUCAGAUGGAGGGUGAGGAGGAGGAGGAACAUGAAGACACAAGUCUACAUAAGCGCUUACUUAAUCUCGUGGAAAAACUGAAACAUUUUCGAAAGAAGGAAGAGCCAGAGCCAGAACCAGAGGAGAAAGAAGAGCCUAAACCUAGCACACUGCAAGAACUUAUCUCUCAUACCAUGGUUCACUGGGCCCAAGAGUCUUUUAUCCAAAGCCCUGAGCUGGUUCGAGUUAUGUUUAGUCUCCUGCAUCGUCAGUAUGAUGGGCUAGGAGAGCUUAUCAGAGCCUUACCCAAGGCCUACACUAUAAAUGCAGUGUCAGUGGAGGACACUAUGAAUCUGCUGGAGAGCUUGGGCCAGAUUCGUUCAUUGCUUAUUGUGCAGAUGGGACCCGAAGAAGAGAAUCUGAUGAUUCAGAGCAUUGGAAACAUUAUGAAUAAUAAAGUAUUUUACCAGCAUCCAAACCUUAUGCGAGCUCUGGGCAUGCAUGAGACUGUAAUGGAGGUCAUGGUGAAUGUGCUAGGUGGAGGAGAUUCUAAGGAGAUCCGCUUCCCCAAAAUGGUGACCAACUGCUGUCGAUUCCUGUGCUAUUUCUGUAGAAUUAGUCGUCAAAACCAAAGAGCCAUGUUUGACCAUCUCAGUUAUUUGCUGCAGAACAGUGGGAUUGGACUGGGAAUGAGAGGCUCAACACCACUAGAUGUGGCAGCUGCUUCUGUGAUUGAUAACAAUGAAUUAGCUUUAGCGCUACAGGAACAAGACCUAGAGAAGGUUGUGUCCUACUUAGCUGGUUGUGGUCUGCAGAGCUGUCCCAUGCUUUUAAGUAAAGGCUAUCCUGACAUUGGGUGGAACCCAGUUGGAGGUGAGAGGUACCUGGACUUCCUACGGUUUGCAGUCUUUGUAAAUGGAGAAAGCGUUGAGGAGAAUGCGAAUGUUGUGGUUCGCCUUUUGAUCCGACGCCCAGAGUGCUUUGGUCCAGCAUUGAGAGGAGAGGGAGGAAAUGGUUUGCUCGCUGCUAUUGAGGAAGCAAUUAAAAUUUCUGAAGAUCCUGCCAGAGACGGUCCCACUGUCAAAAAGGAUCGUCGGAGGGAGUUGUAUGGUGGUGAAGAGGUCCAUGAAGAAAAUCGUGUACAUCUUGGUAAUGCCAUCAUGUCUUUCUAUUCUGCUCUGAUUGACCUUUUGGGACGCUGUGCUCCUGAGAUGCAUUUGAUACAGGCUGGGAAAGGAGAAGCUCUAAGAAUUCGUGCCAUUUUGCGGUCUCUGGUCCCCAUUGAGGAUCUUGUGGGAGUCAUCAGCUUGCCCUUACAAAUACCAGCUUUUGGCAAGGAUGGGAACCCAAUUGAACCAAAGAUGUCUGCCAGCUUUGUUCCUGAUCACAAAGCACCAAUGGUUCUAUUUUUGGACCGUGUCUAUGGCAUAGAAAAUCAAGACUUCCUUUUGCAGGUUCUUGAGGUUGGGUUUUUACCAGACAUGAGGGCAGCAGCAUCUCUAGACACUGCUGCAUUCAGCACCACAGAGAUGGCCCUUGCCCUUAACCGUUACCUGUGUCUGGCUGUUCUACCUCUUAUCACUAAAUGUGCCCCUCUGUUUGCUGGCACUGAGCACCGUGCCAUAAUGGUGGACUCCAUGCUGCACACAAUUUACCGCCUUUCCCGUGGUCGUUCUCUUACUAAGGCACAGCGAGAUGUCAUAGAGGAAUGUCUGAUGGCUCUAUGCAGGUACUUGCGUCCAUCCAUGUUGCAGCACCUUCUGCGUAGGCUUGUUUUUGAUGUUCCCAUACUUAAUGAAUAUGCAAAGAUGCCACUGAAGCUUCUAACCAACCACUAUGAGCGCUGCUGGAAAUACUACUGUCUUCCAACGGGAUGGGCUAACUAUGGUGUGACAUCAGAAGAAGAACUUCAUUUAACUAGAAAACUCUUCUGGGGCAUUUUUGAAUCUCUUGCUCAUAAGAGAUUUGAUGCGGAACUGUAUAAGAUAGCCAUGCCCUGUCUGUGUGCGAUUGCUGGUGCCAUUCCACCAGACUAUGUGGACGCCAGCUACUCCUCCAAGACAGAGAAAAAAGCUUCUGUGGAUGCUGAGGGAAACUUUGAUCCUAAACCAAUAGAAACGUUGAAUGUCAUUAUUCCUGAAAAACUAGACGGAUUUAUUAACAAGUACGCCGAAUACACCCAUGACAAAUGGGCAUUUGAGAAGAUACAAAAUAAUUGGUCCUAUGGGGAAGCUGUGGAUGAAGAAGCCAAGACUCAUCCUAUGUUACGCCCAUACAAAACAUUUUCAGAAAAGGAUAAGGAAAUUUACCGCUGGCCUAUCAAAGAAUCUCUAAAGGCCAUGAUUGCCUGGGAAUGGACUGUAGAAAAAGCUCGAGAAGGUGAAGAUGAUAAAAUAGAGAAGAAAACAAAAUCUCGGAAAAUCUCCCAAUCAGCGCAGCAAACAUAUGAUCCCACAGUCCAAACCUUUAGCCCAACUCCAAUGGAUCUCACAGGAAUUACCCUGUCUAGAGAGCUGCAGUCAAUGGCUGAGCAGCUGGCAGAGAAUUAUCACAAUACAUGGGGACGGAAGAAGAAGCAGGAACUAGAAUCAAAGGGAGGUGGAACACAUCCUUUGCUUGUACCCUACGACACGCUAACUGCAAAAGAAAAAGCGCGGGACAGAGAGAAAGCUCAGGAAUUGCUCAAAUUUCUUCAGAUAAAUGGUUAUGCAGUGACAAGGGGCUUAAAAGACAUGGAAUUAGACACUUCAUCCAUUGAGAAACGUUUUGCUUAUGGAUUUCUUCAGAAACUUCUGAAACUUAUGGACACAGCACAGGAAUUCAUUGCUCACUUGGAGGCUGUUGUGAGCAGCGGAAGAGUAGAGAAAUCUCCCCAUGAGCGAGAAAUCAAAUUUUUUGCAAAGAUCCUCCUCCCUCUUAUUAACCAGUACUUUAAGAACCAUUGCUUGUACUUUUUGUCCACUCCUGCUAAAGUGCUGGGCAGUGGGGGCCAUGCCUCCAACAAGGAGAAGGAGAUGAUCGCUAGUCUAUUCUGUAAGAUGGCUGCUCUGGUGCGACACCGCGUCUCUCUUUUCGGAACUGAUGCUCCAGCUGUUGUAAACUGCCUCCAUAUAUUGGCUCGUUCACUGGAUGCCAGGACAGUCAUGAAAUCAGGUCCAGAGAUUGUUAAAGCUGGUCUGCGCUCAUUCUUUGAGGGUGCCUCAGAGGACAUUGAGAAGAUGGUGGAGAAUCUGAAACUUGGGAAAGUGUCCCAGUCACGCACCCAAGUAAAGGGUGUGGCCCAAAACAUCAACUACACCACUGUGGCUUUGCUUCCUGUCCUCACAUCUCUCUUUGAACAUAUUGCCCAGCAUCAGUUUGGGGAUGAUGUCAUCUUGGAUGAUGUGCAAGUCUCUUGCUAUAGGACACUGUGCAGUAUCUACUCCCUUGGGACAACUAAGAGUCCCUAUGUAGAAAAGCAGCGGCCAGCACUGGGUGAGUGUCUGGCCCGACUUGCUGCAGCAAUGCCUGUGGCCUUCUUGGAGCCAUCCUUAAAUGAAUAUAAUAUCUACUCAGUGUAUACUACCAAGUCACCUCGUGAGCGAGCCAUCCUGGGUCUUCCCAAUUCUGUGGAAGAGAUGUGCCCUGAUAUUCCUGACCUUGAAACUUUAAUGAAGGACAUUAGUAUGUUGGCAGAGUCUGGUGCCCGUUACACAGAAAUGCCCCAUGUUAUUGAAGUAACUCUACCCAUGCUGUGUAAUUACCUUCCUCGAUGGUGGGAACGUGGACCAGAAAAUAUUCCUGAUGAUUCUUCUCCAUGUUGUACCAGUGUGACCUCCGAGCACCUGAACACACUUCUGGGAAAUAUUUUGCGUAUCGUUGUUAAUAACUUGGGCAUUGAUGAGGCCUCCUGGAUGAAAAGACUUGCAGUUUUUGCUCAGCCCAUAGUGAGCAAGGCAAAGCCUGAGCUCCUUCGUUCCCACUUUAUUCCUACCAUGGAGAAGCUGAAGAAGCGUGCAGGAAAAGUUGUUGCAGAAGAAGAACAGUUGAGAAUGGAGGCCAAAAGCGAGUCUGAAGAUUCAGAAAGUCUGAUAAGGGAUGAGUUUUCAGUUCUGUGUAGAGACCUUUAUGCUCUAUAUCCUCUACUUAUCCGCUAUGUGGAUAACAACAGGGCACACUGGCUUACUGAGCCAAACUUGGAUGCUGAGGAACUAUUCAGAAUGGUGGGAGAAGUCUUUAUCUUCUGGUCAAAAUCCCAUAAUUUCAAAAGAGAGGAACAGAACUUUGUUGUGCAAAAUGAAAUCAAUAACAUGUCAUUCCUGACUGCUGACAGCAAGAGCAAGAUGUCCAAGUCUGGAGACAGUCAGUCUGGAGGAUCUGACCAGGAGCGCACAAAGAAGAAACGACGCGGAGACCGUUACUCUGUGCAAACGUCCCUUAUUGUGGCUACCCUUAAAAAGAUGCUGCCUAUUGGUUUAAAUAUGUGCUCACCUACUGACCAAGAGCUGAUUACAUUAGCCAAAACACGCUAUUCAUUGAAAGACACAGAUGAAGAAGUCAGGGAGUUUUUACAGAAUAACCUUCAUCUACAGGGCAAGUGUGAUAACUCCUCUAUGCGCUGGCAGAUGGCUUUAUAUAACAAGAUGUCUGGGAAAGCUGAAGACUCCAAUAAUCCAGAGAAGAUUGUUAAACGUGUGCAGGAAGUCUCAGCAGUCCUCUUUCACCUGGAGCUGACUGAGCACCCCUUCAAAUCGAAGAAAGCCGUUUGGCAUAAGCUUCUUUCUAAACAGCGUCGACGGGCUGUGGUGGCCUGUUUCCGUAUGACCCCACUGUAUAAUCUUCCCAGGCACCGUGCCUGUAACAUGUUCCUGGAGGGUUACAAACAAGCCUGGAUAAUGAGUGAAGCUCAUGACUUUGAAGACAGGAUGAUUGAUGACUUAUCUAAAUCCAGUGAAGCAGAAGAAGAAGAGGAAGAGCAAGAGGAGAAAAAACCAGACCCUCUGCACCAACUUAUUCUGCAUUUCAGCAGAACUGCCCUCACAGAAAAGAGCAAGCUAGAUGAAGACUACUUGUACAUGGCCUAUGCUGAUAUCAUGGCAAAGAGUUGCCACAUGGAGGAUGAGUCAGAGGAAGCUGCUGAAGAUGAAGAAGAAGUUGAACUUACAUUUGAAGAGAAAGAGAUGGAAAAGCAGAAACUGUUAUAUCAGCAAUCUAGGCUACAUAACCGCGGAGCUGCAGAGAUGGUCCUGCAAAUGAUUAGUGCAUGUAAAGGUGAGCCAGGAUCCAUGGUCUCUUCCACCCUCAAACUGGGUAUCUCCAUCCUUAAUGGGGGAAACAGUGAUGUUCAACAGAAAAUGUUGGAUUACCUGAAGGAAAAGAGGGAAGUGGGCUUUUUCCAGAGUGUGCAGGCCUUAAUGCAAACCUGCAGUGUACUUGACCUGAAUGCUUUUGAACGUCAGAAUAAAGCAGAAGGGCUCGGCAUGGUAACGGAGGAUGGGACAAUCAUCAACCGUGAACAGGGAGAAAAGGUGAUGGCAGAUGACCAGUUCACCCAAGAUCUUUUCCGCUUACUUCAGCUGCUUUGUGAGGGCCACAAUAAUGAUUUCCAGAAUUACUUACGUACUCAGACUGGAAACACGACCACUAUUAAUAUUAUCAUCUGUACUGUAGACUAUCUGCUACGUCUACAGGAAUCUAUUAGUGAUUUUUAUUGGUAUUAUUCCGGAAAGGAUAUUAUUGAUGAUCAGGGGAAAAGGAAUUUCUCCAAAGCCAUGUCAGUGGCAAAACAAGUGUUCAACAGCUUAACAGAAUACAUUCAGGGUCCCUGCACUGGAAACCAGCAAAGCCUGGCACACAGUCGCUUGUGGGAUGCUGUGGUUGGCUUCCUUCAUGUCUUUGCUCACAUGAUGAUGAAACUUGCCCAGAUGCCCAAAAAUGGAGGACUACGAGACGGAGACUCAAGCCAGAUUGGGCUUCUGAAGGAACUGCUGGAUCUGCAAAAAGACAUGGUUGUCAUGCUGCUCUCUCUGCUAGAAGGAAAUAUAGUUAAUGGCACCAUUGCUCGGCAGAUGGUAGAUAUGUUGGUUGAAUCCUCUAGCAAUGUGGAGAUGAUUUUGAAAUUUUUUGAUAUGUUUUUGAAGCUGAAGGACAUAGUUGCAUCUGAUGCCUUCAGAGAUUAUGUCACAGAUCCUCGGGGCCUCAUUUCCAAAAAGGAUUUCCAAAAAGCAAUGGACAGUCAGAAGCAAUACACAACCUCAGAAAUCCAAUUCCUCCUUUCUUGUUCAGAAGCUGAUGAGAAUGAAAUGAUUAACUUUGAGGAAUUUGCUGACCGGUUUCAGGAACCAGCUAAGGAUAUUGGGUUCAAUCUAGCAGUCCUGCUGACCAAUCUUUCAGAACAUGUACCUAAUGACACAAGGCUACAGAACUUCCUAGAAUUAGCAGACUGUAUCAUAAACUACUUCAAACCCUAUCUUGGCAAAAUUGAAAUUAUGGGAGCUGGUAAGAGAAUAGAAAGGAUUUACUUUGAGAUCAGUGAGGCCAACAAAACUCAGUGGGAGAUGCCCCAGGUGAAGGAGUCAAAGAGACAAUUCAUAUUUGAUGUGGUCAAUGAGGGCGGAGAGUCAGAAAAGAUGGAGCUUUUUGUGAACUUCUGUGAAGACACAAUUUUUGAAAUGCAGAUUGCUUCUCAAAUAUCAGAACCAGAAGAAGAGAAGGCAGAGGAUGAUGAAGAUGAUGUAGUGGAAGGUUCUGGAGAAGGAGAGGAAGCAGAAAAUGGUUCAUCUCCACAAGAGGCAUCAUCAGCAUUUGGGGAGUUUCUGAACAAUGUAAUGAACUUUUUUAAGAUGUUCACUUACAAGAACCUCAGGAGACAAUAUCGCAAGGUGAAAAAGAUGUCUUUCAAGGAGAUAAUUCUAGCAAUAGUAUCCUUCCUCUGGACAGUGUUUCUUGGCAUUCUGCACUUUGUGUACAGUGUCUGCAAGGGCAUAUUCUUACUAAUCUGGCACACAUUAUUUGGAGGAAGCUUAGUGGAAGGUGCCCAAAAACUGACUGUGACAGAACUUCUAGCCAGUAUGCCAGAUCCUACUCAGGAUGAAGUCCACAGUGAUGGUCCCGCUGUAGCAGUAAGUGAUGAAGAACCUGAAGCUGGCGAUGUGACUGAUUUUGUGGACAUAUCCAAAGAAGAGGUGCAAGAGGAAGGUACAGACAUAUUUGGAAUAGAUUUAAAGAAGGAGGGAGGACACUAUAGAGCCAGUGCCCCUGAUGCUCCUGGUGGACUAGGAGAUAUGGGGGAUACUACUCCAGUGGAGCCUCCAACACCUGAAGGAUCACCCAUUUUGAAGAGGAAACUUGCAGAUGAAGAAACUUCAGGUGAAGAGCAUGACGUUGUUCCUGAGGAGGAGCCUGCACCAGAACCUGAGCCAGAAAAAGCAGACCUGGAGAAUGGAGAGAAGACAGCAGAAGUACAAGAAGAGACUGCACCAGAACCAGAAGAGCCUGAGCAACCAGAAGUCGCACCCAAGAAGAAAUCGCCAGCGCGGGAUAAGAAACCAGAGGCUGAAGAGGGAGGUUUUGAAUUCUGGAAUGAACUUGAGAUCCAGAGAAUCAAAUUCUUGAAUUAUCUCUCCCGGAACUUCUACAAUCUUCGUUUUCUGGCUCUUUUCCUGGCCUUUGCUAUAAACUUUAUAUUGCUCUUUUACAAGGUGUCUGACUCCCCACUAGGUGAGGAUGACUUUGAGGGAUCAGGCAUUGAAGAUGAAAUUUCAGGCAUGGAUGAUGGAGGAGGUGACGAAGAUGAAGAAGAAGAAGGCCCGGUAUAUUUUGUCCUUGAGGAGAGCACAGGAUAUAUGCAACCAACACUGUAUAUGUUGUCCGUUAUUCACACACUUAUUGCCUUCCUUUGCAUUAUUGGAUACAACUGUUUAAAGAUCCCUCUAGUCAUUUUUAAACGUGAAAAGGAGCUGGCACGAAAGCUGGAAUUCGAUGGACUUUAUAUUACAGAACAGCCUGAAGAUGAUGAUAUUAAAGGGCAGUGGGAUCGUCUGGUCCUGAACACACCAUCCUUUCCAAGUAAUUACUGGGACAAGUUUGUGAAAAGAAAGGUACUGGACAAAUAUGGUGAUAUAUAUGGCCGCGAAAGGAUUGCAGAACUGCUGGGAAUGGAUUUGGCUAGUCUGGAGAUUAGCUCUCAAAAUGGGAAAAAGCAAGAGCCGGAUAAGUCAUUGCUAUCAUGGUUCACCUCAAUCGAUAUUAAGUACCAGAUCUGGAAUUUUGGAGUGGUUUUCACAGACAAUUCCUUCCUAUACUUGGUAUGGUACAUGGUUAUGUCCCUUCUGGGACACUACAACAAUUUCUUCUACGCUGCUCACUUGCUGGAUAUUGCAAUGGGAGUAAAGACCCUUCGUACCAUCCUCUCCUCAGUGACACACAAUGGCAAACAGCUUAUGAUGACCGUUGGUCUUCUGGCUGUGGUUGUUUAUCUGUAUACAGUUGUUGCCUUUAAUUUCUUCCGUAAAUUUUACAACAAGAGUGAAGAUGAGGAUGAACCAGACAUGAAAUGUGAUGAUAUGAUGACGUGUUACCUCUUCCACAUGUAUGUUGGAGUCCGAGCUGGAGGAGGCAUUGGAGAUGAAAUUGAAGACCCUGCGGGAGAUGAGUAUGAACUGUACCGCGUUGUCUUUGACAUCACUUUCUUCUUCUUUGUCAUAGUCAUUCUGCUGGCCAUCAUUCAAGGUCUGAUUAUUGAUGCCUUUGGAGAGCUGAGAGACCAACAGGAGCAAGUAAAAGAGGACAUGGAGACCAAAUGCUUUAUCUGUGGAAUAGGCAGUGAUUACUUUGAUACAACGCCGCAUGGCUUUGAGAACCACACAUUGGAGGAGCACAAUCUGGCCAAUUACAUGUUCUUCUUGAUGUACCUAAUUAAUAAGGAUGACACUGAACACACUGGUCAGGAAUCCUACGUCUGGAAGAUGUACCAGGAGAGAUGCUGGGAUUUCUUCCCAGCAGGAGAUUGUUUCAGGAAGACAUAUGAGGACCAGCUUGGAUAAUGCCACUUAAUCAAAUGACUUUAACUGUCUGAGGCAUAUUUCUCUACCUGCGAGUCCCACCUGCAGGCUGUCCACCUUUAAAACCUCUGCAUUGAUUUUUUGCAUACAGAAGUGAGUCUGUGAAUCAUCAUAUUUUCUUAGUGCCAAGACCACUGCAAAAAGAAUUUACCAUUAAACAUCGGAAACCUCUGCAGGCCAUUGUAGCUUUGUAAGCCUGAGAUGUCAAAACAGCUUUACAGAAAGCAUUGCAGAGAAUUCUAACUAAUAACAGUCUGGAAACUCCUGCAGGGGAAAUCCCAAUAUUCCUGCAGAUUUGUCUCAAAGGCUCUGCAGAUGGCUGUGCUCACAGGGCAUUGCAACAUUUCAGGCAAGUAAUGCCUGCAUCUGGUCCCUGGUAAUGUGGUAGAUAGAAUCUUGCUGACCCCUGCUCCUGUCUCCUCUUACUGCUGUAAAGUUGAAGAGUACUGCACCUCCAAGGCUCAACAAAGGAGCUGUGGAUAAUAUAAAAUAAUGGGAUUCUUCCAAGUGUUGAAUCUCACCUUUUUGCAAACGUGGUGACUAGCUUGUAGCACGUCACUUCCUCUUCCCAUUACCAUUAAUGCCCUAUGUUAUUCUUAUCUGUACAGUAGGUGUCAUAACAUUGUCUUGCCUGUAAAAGCUUAGGGGAAAUGCUGAGUAUCACAGGCGUGCAAACAUUUUUUUGAAAACUUUGACUGCCAGAUUAACACUAUAGUAAACAAUAAACUCAGAUAUACACAAAAUUUGGAAAAUUGGCACACAAAUCCAAAUUAAAAAAAUGGGUUAGUGUAGUAAUGUGCUUUUAAUCAAAACACUUUCUGCAUUUGUGUCAGAUUUCUAGAUCCAUAAGUGUCAAAUACUUUUUACCUUAAUCUGCCAUCUGAAUAUCAUGCAAUGAAUGGCUCCUUCCUAUCCAAUCAAAGUGCCUCUGAGGAUCCAUGCUCCAGCUAUUCUGCUAACUGACAAGCAGCAUUUAUCUAAUUUGACCUGAAAUACUUACCAGUGCCAACUAGGUUUAUGGCUGGAAUACACAAAUGUUGCAGAAGUUUGUUCAAACUUCCAUGAUCUACUCUUAUGUUAUGUUUCUUUAAUUCUAAAAUCAACUGACUGUGUAAAAAAACCAGUUUCACUCACGCUGGAACGGAUACAAAAAACUUCCAGCAGAUGCCAAUAUCCCUCCUAAAUAAAAUGUUGUGGUUCAGUGUUGUUGCAACUGGAGAGCUUGGAUCCUUCCAUGAGCAGAUACAUCAACUCCAUGCACUGAGGAAAAUAAUGAUCCAUUCCUUGGUUUUGGAAGAUGUAUUCUAUGUUCCUUUUUUAGUGUUAAAUGGAAUAUGGGUAUAAUAGGACUGGAUCCUGAUAUUAUGGAGCUAACUGAUAUCUCUUCAUUAGACUUUACUUGCCCUAAGCUUCUGACACAUACAAAGUAUUGCCUUUUAUGUCUUUGUAAAUGUUGAUGGGAAAGUGGAUGUUCCCUUUAAACCAAAGUGCCUUAUAUCUCCUGUAUAUGAGAUGUAAUUGGUUCCAGAAAAAAAGAUAAACAUCAAAAAGGACGGACUUGACUCAAAAAAAACUGUCAAUGGUGACUGAACAAAGGAUCAAUGUCACCUAGAAAUCAGCUGAGUUCUACAGCCAAGUGAUUACCCACUCCCAUCCUUGCAAUAAGGAGAGAGAAGUCUCAGGUGACUUACUAAUAUAUGUGCUAGAUUGCACCAAGAUCAUCUUUGGUUUUCUUUUGUAGUUUGUAGACUGAUCAAAACUAAUUGCUGAUUGGUUGCUAUGAUUAACUGCACUGGUACAAUUUAACACCAAUAUUAGUAAAUUAACCCCAUUCUGUUCUCCUUUAUGAAACUGAUACCUUAAAACAAUGGAACUACAGGCUUUCCUUUCCCUCACCCCUGUCUAAGUACAUGCAUCUUAGUGUUACUCUAAAUGCCUCUGUAGUUUUCUUAUUCAUGAAUGUCGGUGUUUGUAUGACAGGACAUCUCUGCUGUGCCAUACAAGUAGAAUAUGUGCUUUACCCUGUAACAGUAUAUGAGAAGAUAUGCAAUGAGAUGUCUGCAGAACGUUUCCACUUUUCCAAAAGUAAAGCCUGCUAAAUAGGAAUUCCCAAAGAACUUUCCCUAUAUACUGUGUACUAUACAAAUAACAGCAGAUUACCUCUUCAAGGGCCAGCACAGAUACACAGUACCUGCAGAGCAUCUCUCCUCAGUGCUGUUGUGCAGUAUGAUGUUUUUCACAGUCACACUGCCUGAGACCCAGGGUGAACAAUAUGAUACCUAUGGCUUUAGAUGGGAACGAACUUUAUUUGUGCUGCAUUUUUUGUUCUGUUUGUCCAUAAUAAAGUAUUUAUUGAAGAU